AUGACUGUCAACUCCUACUUUUCUCAACUUCAGGCCUCCAAGCUCGACCCUAUCGUGGAGCUCAUGACUUCCUACGCCAAGGACACUCAUCCUAACAAGAUCGAUGUCAGUAUUGGAGUUUACAAGACCGAAGAAGGUGAUCCCAACUACAUCUUCCCCUGUGUCCAGGCUGCCAAGGAGAAGUUGGCUGCCAAAGAUCCUGGCCACUGCUACACUCUGAUGUCUGGUAUCCCCGCAUUUGUCUCUAGUGCCCAAAAAACCAUCUUUGGUGCCAACCACGAUGAUGUGGUUUCUGUCCAGGCCAUCUCGGGUUCUGGAGCCUUGCAUUUGGCUUUCAGUUUCCUCCUCCAGACUGGUCUUCACGACUUCUACGUUGGUGCUCCAGCCUGGAGUAACUACCGUUCCAUGAUUGAACAUGCUGGUGGAAAUUACCACGAGUACCAAUAUUACGAUCCAGUUGCCAAUGCUGUGGACUUUGAGGCUGCUGUGGAAGCCUUGUCUACUGCUCCAGCCCGCUCUGUAUUUGUCUUGCAGGCUGUGUGCCACAACCCUACUGGCUGUGACUACACCAAAGAACAGUGGGCUCAGAUCUUGGAUAUCAUCCAAACCAGAAACAUCUUCCCCCUCUUUGACAUUGCAUACCAGGGAUUUGCCAGUGGCGACAUCAACGACGAUGCCUGGGUCAUCAGAGAGGCCUACAAGCGUGGCUUGGAGUUCGUGGCCUGCCAGAGUUACUCCAAGAACAUGGGCUUGUACUCCGAGAGAGCUGGUUGCACGCACGUCCGCAUCAAUGACAAGGAAGUGGCCAACAAUGUUUCGUCCCUGUUGGUUGCUACCAUCAGAAGCGAGUUCUCAUUUGCUCCAGCUUUUGGUGCUAGAGUUGCAACAAUUGUUCAACAGGACGAGCAGUUGAGCAAGGUAUGGGCUGAAAAUGUUCUUGCUGUCACAGAAAGACUUGAAGGUGUCAGAAGACAGGUUUUGAACAAGCUCACAAAGUUGCAAACUCCAGGGAACUGGGAACCUAUUGUUAAGCAGAACGGAUUGUUCUGGUACUCUGGAUUGACACCUUUACAGGUUGAAAAGUUGAUUGAGGAACACCACAUUUACGGAACUUCCAAUGGUAGAGUGAAUGUUGCUGGUUUGAACAGUUCCAACAUCGAUGCCUACUGUGAGGCCAUUGAUGCUAUUGUUAGAAAAUACCCAUUUGAGGCUUAG